GCCGCUUGGUGCCCCCACCGUUGCCGCCGCCGCCGCCUCCUUUCCGCCGGCGGGUGUGCGAAGGAGGAGCCGGAGCCGGGGUCGCCGCCACCAUGGGGAGAAAGUCCAGUAAGGCCAAAGAGAAGAAACAGAAGAGGCUGGAGGAGCGGGCUGCCAUGGACGCUGUCUGUGCCAAAGUGGAAGCCGCCAACAAGCUCGAAGACCCCUUAGAGGCCUUCCCUGUGUUCAAGAAAUACGACCGGAACGGAUUGAACGUCUCCAUCGAGUGUAAGCGAGUGUCGGGGCUGGAGCAGGCUACCGUGGACUGGGCCUUUGAUCUCACCAAGACCAACAUGCAGACCUUGUAUGAACAGAGUGAAUGGGGCUGGAAGGACCGAGAGAAAAGGGAAGAGAUGACGGACGACCGGGCCUGGUACCUCAUUGCUUGGGAGGAGAGCGCCGUCCCAGUGGCCUUCUCACACUUCCGCUUCGAUGUGGAGUGUGGGGACGAAGUCCUGUACUGCUACGAGGUCCAGUUGGAGAGCAAAGUGCGGAGGAAAGGUCUGGGGAAAUUUCUGAUCCAGAUCCUGCAGCUCGUGGCCAACAGCACCCAGAUGAAGAAGGUCAUGCUAACAGUGUUCAAGCACAACCAUGGGGCCUACCAGUUUUUCAGAGAGGCAUUGCAGUUUGAGAUUGACGACACCUCUCCCAGCAUGUCCGGCUGCUGCGGCGAUGACUGCUCCUAUGAGAUCCUCAGCCGGAGGACGAAGUUCGGGGACAGCCAGCAUGCCCACUCAGGUGGGCACUGUGGUGGUUGUUGCCACUGAGGCUGCACCAGGCCCCAGAGCCACCUCUCCCCCUGGCCUGGCCCCUUCCCCUUUCCCAUCACUCCACACAUUGUCAGCUGCCUCUCACCUCUCGGGGCCUCCGGGGCUCUGGGGGCUGCCAGCAUGUACCCCCAGAAGCCCAGGCCCUUGCUGUUGGGGGAGCAACUCCAGGCACCGCCCCCUCCUUUGGCCCUCGUCUGCCCUCCCCACAGCAGAGGGGAGCAGGGCGGGACUGUGGAAGAACCAUCCCAUUUCUCAUGGCCCAUUGGGGCUUGUUUCCAAGCCACAUCUUUGGAAGUGUCUCUCGUCCCUUUCUCUACUUAGCCAGAACCCCAGCCCCCCCAGAGUAACCCCCCCCCAUUGCUUGUAGCACAGCAGCUGGACACUGCUGGGUUCCCCCCCUCAGAGGAGAAAGGAGAAGUGGGGUGCGUGUCCAGCCCCAAGGGGUAUGGGAGAAAACGUUGGCAUUAGGUUUGAGGCUCAGCCUUCCCUCAUAAAGGACCGUCUUCCAGAGGGAAGACCUUCUGUGGCAAGAAAGGGGGGGGGCGAGGCCGGCUCUUUUGGAAGGUGGCUGUUUGCCGAUCUUCAGAGGAAAGUUGACCCUGGGGUCCCUGGGACCCUUCUUCUCUCCAUUGGGCCAGGGAGGAGCCGCCUACCUGGGGAGAGCUCUGGGCCCCUGCUUUAAGAAGGUCCAUCAGCAAUGCUACCUUGGCUUGUGCUUCUCCUGCUCUGAGCCCUUCCCCAAACUGCUGCUGCCCGCUCCUGGGGAAGCUACAUCAGGGAGCCCCAAGGCUUCCCCUGGAAAGAGGCCCCAUUCCUCUUUGUAUGUCCAGUGCCAUUUCCUCUGGACUUCGGUGCUGAUUCUUCCUUCCCCAGCCCAGUAGCAGCAGACCCUGCUUCUAGCCCCCUGGGGCCUCUCCCACCUCUGCCUCAGUGAGGCAAUAGUGCUGCUCACCCUGUACAGACUCCACCAGCUGUCAGUGGACUUGAGGGGCAGCGAGGCUCGAGCCUGGCCUCACUCAGUUUCUUUCAGGGAUGCCCUCUGACCUGCUCCCAGCCAGCCAGAACUGAUCCAUCUCUCUGGCAAGAAUCUACUCUGUCCUUCCUAGGAUGCUGAAACAGGGAAGACAGAAGGGCCCUGUGGAGGGCUUGGGACAGGGGGCAGAGGAGGGAGGGGCUUUUCAGAUGCUGCCCUCCCUCCCUGCUCCUGGGAAGCCCCUUUAGGGAGCGUCUUCAAAGUUUUAACCUCUGUGAAGGUUCUUAUAGCAGGUCUGUGCUUGGCCCUGAGCACAGAUUCUCCUCACACCUGCAAAGCCCCAACUCAGGAGGCAACUGUGCCUGCAUGUUCUUAGACUCUCUCUUGCAAGCCCCUCCCCCUUCUCCUCUGGGCACACUGUGCCGUCCUACAAAACACCAGCCUGUGAGCUGCCGGAGACCAGGGACCCCGAGCACUGGGCUUACACUCCCCGCUUCAGCUCACACCCUGCUUUCCCUCGGAAAAAGCCAAGAUUUGGUUUGUUUUCUUUUGAAGACGCCUUUGCAGCUCUUACACUGGAUGAAAUCCCCACUCCUCCACCCCGGGUGUUUCUGGGGGAAGCUCCCGCCACGGUGGAUUUUCUGGGUCAUUGAAAGGGGCGGAUUUGGGCUCCCUCACCCUGGGAGUAAAUGAAGUACCUUUUGAAGAAGUUUCCUUCUCUCCAGGGAUGCGAACCAAAAGACUUGGGGUCUCUGAUCAUGGAUUUCUGACUGUUUAUACCCCCAGAAUUCCAAAAGAAUCCCCAACAAAAUCCCAAGUAACCUGAGUUCAUUCACUGUGUGUGUCUUUUUUACUGACUUCUUGACCUCUCCCUAAUAACCACACCCAGCUUGCCAGACUUAUUUGCAGGGGGAUGACACUGAAGUCACCCCCAUCUUUAUCCCAGCACUCUUCUGUUGAUUGAACCGACAGGAGUAGAAUCUAAGGACUAGCAAGUCAUUCCUUGGUUUGGUUUUCCUGUUUUGAGAUCCCCUUGGCCCUCUCUCACAUCAGUGUCUUGCCUCAACUUCUACUAAGUUUAGUUUUUCAGAAUCGUAGCCCUCUGUUUGGACGGCAUCAUUGUUUGGGGGGGUAUGUCGAAGUAUUUCUGUUAAAGAUAAGUUGUAUUCAUCCUGUGCCCAUGCUGGGUCACUUCUGUUGGUGUGUCUGUGUACAUGCGUGUGUGGGAGUGAGUAUGUGCUCAGAUGAGUGUGAUUCUUUUUUAACCCUUUCUGUUUUUUUAGAGGAAAAUUUGAAGACAGACCGCUACUCUUUAUAUAUAUAUAUUUUUUUCCUUAGCAAAUUCUUUUCUCACUGGAAUCAAAGGGAAAAAAAAGCAAACCUUUUGCAUUGGUUUUAUUUGUAUGUUACAAAUAAAAGACACUUUGUUCA